AUGUUUUUGUUAAUUAUACCUGGCGUGAGAGAAAACGUGGCCAUCAAUCUAUUAUCUCUAUUAAAUGUGGAGAACGAGACUGCUAUCAAAAGACAUUUAUUUUCUGAUGAUAAAGAGUGGGAGCAUUGUCUUGAAGAGACAUCCUUAUUUCAAAUGCCUUUUCAAUUUAGACUCACUUUUGCUUUUAUAUGUGUUUUCGGUCAACCUCAAAACCCUGAAUAUCUAUGGGAUAAAUUCAAACCUUACCUAAUUGAAGAUUUUUGCCUGCAUGAUAUUUCUAAUAUUCUUAAUGCUCACGGGUUAGAUUGCAACAAUUUUAAUCUUCCUAUCCCUGAGCCUAUUCUUCAACCAAAAUUAUAUGAUUCAGUAACGGAGACAGCUAAGGCUUUAGUAAUGUUAUACAGUUUAAAUUCUUUACAAAAAUACACUUUUGAUCUAAUUAUUCACGCAAUAGAAGAUAUUUCAUGUACCACUAGAUAUUUUUAUCUUGAUGGUCCAGGGGGAUCAGGAAAAACUUACCUUUACAAUACUUUAAUAUAUUAUCUUAGAGGGCAAAAUAAAAUUGUUUUGCCAUUUGCUACAACAGGAAUUUCAUCCAUACUACUAAAUGGUGGAAAAACAAUUCAUAGUGGCUUUAAACUUCCUAUACCUAUUUUAAACACAUCGGUUUCGCAUAUGAGACCUCUAUCUACACAAGCUAAGGAAAUUAAACUUGCCCACUUAAUAAUUAUAGAUGAAUCAAGCAUGAUGACAAAACAUGCUAUACGUUGUAUAGAUGUCUUGCUUAGGGAAAUUAUGCAAAUAAUUACUCCCUUCGGAGGCAAAGUUAUUUUAUUAGGAGGUGAUUUUAGACAAACUUUACCUGUUAUACCUAGGGCUUCUAAAACAUGUAUCAUCGAAUCAUGUAUUAAAUCUAUGAAUUUAUGGCAUAUUUUCCACCAAAUUCAAUUAACCCAUAAAAUGCGCACUUAUUCUGAAGAGGAAAGUUAUAUUAAAUGGCUUCUACAAAUAGGUGAAGGGAAUACACCACUAUUACCUUCCCCCCUUCCUUCUCACUAUGUAGAAAUUCCCUUAUCUAUGCUUGAGAAUUCUCUAAUUUCAUCCAUAUAUGGUGAUUCUCUUUUACUUAAUAAUAUUGAUUAUUUAUCUACCAGCAUAAUUCUAACAACAAAAAACGAUAUUACACUAACGUUAAAUAACACUAUUAUAUCAAAACUUCCAUGCCCUUUAAGACAAUAUUAUAGCUCUGAUUCAUUCCUUUCCGAUCACACAGAUGAUUCUCUCAACUAUCCACUUGAAUUUCUAAAUUCUCACACCUUCUGGAAUGCCACCGCACAUACUAUCAUUAAAAGAUUAUUGAAUGGCCCCCGAUUAAUAAUCAAAAGUAUGCACAAUUAUUUUUUGGAUGCCGAAAUAAUUACAGGCACCAAUAAAGGUUACAGGGUCUUUAUUCCUCGCAUUGAUUUAACUCCAAGUGAAUCACAAUAA